AUGGCCGACGGAACAAAAGCCAUGUUUUCAGCCUUAGACAAUGCAAAGACGCAGCUUUAUCACUUCAAAGCGAUCGUAAUUGCGGGGAUGGGGUUUUUCACUGAUGCAUAUGAUCUCUUUUGCAUCACAGCAGUGACUAAACUUCUUGGCCGCCUUUACUAUUAUGACCCGACUUCGGAAAAGCCUGGAGCACUUCCUUAUAUGGUGAAUGGUGCCGUCACAGGAGUUGCUCUGUGCGGAACACUAUGUGGUCAGCUUUUCUUUGGAUGGCUUGGAGAUAAAUUAGGAAGAAAGAAAGUUUAUGGGAUUACUCUUGUAACCAUGGUUGGUUGUGCAAUAGCUUCAGGGCUCUCCAUGGGUUCUUCGGCUAAGAGUGUCAUGGUUUCUCUCUGUUUCUUCCGGUUCUGGCUAGGCUUUGGCAUUGGAGGGGAUUAUCCUCUCUCGGCUGUCAUAAUGUCAGAGUAUGCGAAUCAGAAAACUAGAGGAGCUUUCAUAGCCGCAGUUUUUGCCAUGCAAGGAGUUGGAAUCUUGGUUGCCGGUCUUGUUGCAAUGAUCGUGUCUGCAGUGUUCUUGCGUGCAUUCCCAGCCCAAGAUUAUGCAACGAACCGAGUUUUAUCAACUCAACCCGAGGGAGACUUUGUUUGGAGAAUUGUGCUCAUGUUCGGAGCUGUACCAGCUAUGAUGACGUACUAUUGGCGAAUGAAGAUGCCUGAAACUGCAAGGUUCACUGCCUUGGUCGCUGGAGAUCACAAGAAAGCCGCAUCAGACAUGGCAAGAGUACUAGACCAAAACAUACAGGAUGAUGAAGAGCCUUACAAAGCUGCAUCAAAACUCGAGUCUGCGUAUGGAUUAUUUUCUAGUGAAUUCAUGAGAAGGCAUGGACUUCAUUUGGUUGGAACUUCUACUACUUGGUUCUUGCUGGACAUUGCCUUCUAUAGCUUGAAUCUGACACAGAAGGAUGUUUUCCCAGCCAUCGGUUUGUUGAAGAAGGGAUCAACCAUGAAUGCCAUUGAAGAGGUCUUUAAGAUAUCCCGAGCGAUGUUUCUAGUUGCGCUCUUUGCUACUGUCCCUGGAUACUGGUUCACAGUUUUUUUCAUUGAUAAGAUUGGACGUUACUUGAUCCAACUGGGAGGAUUCCUUAUGAUGUCCAUUUUCAUGGCAAUAGUAGGUAUUCGAUACUCGUACCUGAGAGGAGAAAAGGACAAGUGCCCCAAAGAUUCAACAAGUGACUACUGUGGUGGAAACAAGAUAGCAUUUGCCAUUCUCUUCGGAUUGACAUUCUUCUUUGCGAACUUCGGACCCAACAGUACUACCUUCAUUGUCCCGGCAGAGCUUUUUCCAGCAAGAUUUAGAUCAACCUGUCACGGAAUCUCAGCAGCGGCAGGAAAAGCUGGUGCGAUAAUUGGUGCAUUUAUUGUGCAAGGUUAUACUUUAGAUGGUAACUCAAAAAAGAUCAGAAAAGCAAUCAUAGGGUUGGCAGUUGUCAAUCUGCUAGGAUUUUUCUGCUCUUUCAUGGUGCCAGAAACAAACGGACGAUCACUCGAGGAAAUUUCAGGAGAAGAUAAGGAUUUUGGUGGAGGUGGUGCUGCAAUAACUGAUGAGAAGGUAAAAGACUCCAGUACAGACACUUACCAUGCUGGUAAUUCAGUAUAG